UCCUUCGCUCCCAGCGGCCUGGGAGGGCUAGAGAGCUGCAGGAGCUGAAGGAGGAUGCUUGGUGUUCCCUCUGCCCAAUGCCCUCUGGUCUCCCUUGCCCUGCUCUUGACCGCCGGGGCGCGCGCCGCGUCGCCACGGAAACGCCGGGCAGGCGGGGCGGCGCGCACUGCGCGCUCUCAGCUCCCGGUAGAAGUGGCGGCGUCUCCUGCUCCCGCGCGCCCUGGCGGCCCGGAGCCGCGCUCGUUGGGCUCCCGUCCUGGGUCCCGGGCGGCGGGAAAGGCAAGAUGUUGAGGCGCAAUCUGGAUGACCGAGAUGCUCAAACAAAACAACUGCAGGAUGCUGUCACAAAUGUGGAGAAGCAUUUUGGAGAGCUUUGCCAAAUCUUUGCUGCUUAUGUAAGGAAAACUGCCAGGCUUCGAGACAAAGCCGACCUCCUGGUGAAUGAAAUCAACCUGUAUGCCUCUACCGAGACACCAAAUUUAAAGCAGGGUCUGAAAGACUUUGCUGAUGAGUUUGCCAAACUUCAAGAUUACCGCCAGGCAGAGGUUGAAAGACUUGAAGCCAAAGUAGUUGAACCUUUGAAAGCUUAUGGGACCAUUGUAAAGAUGAAGCGAGAUGAUCUCAAAGCAACAUUAACAGCAAGGAAUCGAGAAGCCAAGCAGCUAUCCCAGUUAGAAAGGACGCGCCAGCGAAACCCAUCGGACCGGCAUGUAAUUUCACAGGCAGAAACUGAAUUACAGAGAGCCACAAUCGAUGCUACCCGCACAAGUCGUCAUUUGGAGGAAACUAUUGACAAUUUUGAAAAGCAGAAAAUAAAGGACAUAAAGAACAUAUUAUCUGAGUUUAUCACAAUUGAAAUGUUAUUUCAUGGAAAAGCUUUAGAGGUCUUCACUGCUGCCUACCAAAAUAUACAAAAAAUUGAUGAGGAUGAAGACCUAGAGGUUUUCCGAAAUUCUCUGUACCUAUCAGAUUAUCCAUCUCGUUUAGAUAUUGUAAGAGCAAAUUCAAAGUCACCUCUUCAGAGAUCAUUGUCAACUAAGUGCACAUCUGGAACUGGACAGAUAUCCACCUGCCGAACAAGGAAGGAUCAACAAGUAGAAGAUGAAGAUGAUGAGGAAUUAGAUGUUACAGAAGACGAAAACUAAUUUACAAAAAGAAUUCACAUUUCUGUUUUCAUGUCAGUUAACCUGCAAAUGUAGGAUCACUUUAUACUCACUUGACAGGUUAAACUGUAAAAUGAAAUGCUACUAUGAAACUGGGGUUGGAGGGGAAAUUAAAGGAAAUUAUGCUGAUAAAAAAUGAUUUUUUUCUGGAUUAAAUAGUCUUUCUUUCAUCAUCCUAUAUAUGGUAGUAUAUAGUUUCUCUGUAUAUGUUCUAUUAAAAAGGAUUGUAUUUCUAAGCAUUUCAGAUUUAAUGCACUAUACGUGUGUGAGACACAAAGACAAAUACCUAUUAAAGGUGGAAAAAGUAUGUAACAAAAGAUUUAAUAAUUCCUCAUACUUUCUUUUAGGAUAAAAUUCCAGGAUUUGAUUACCAGAAGAGGUCAGUUAAUAAUCCUAUGCCCUAAAGCCUUUAAGUAAAAACACUGCUUCUUUUACUUUUAUUAUAUAACCUUAUGUUUCAUCACCUGGUAUGAAAAUUUAGUGUUUUCAACUAAAACUGAACACAGUAAUGGUAUGAGAUACUGAUAACAGGUUUUAUAAGUGUACAUAUGAUUACAUUCUAAUUUUAAAAGGCCAUAUUCAACCUUUCUUCUUUCAAAACAAAACUGCUCUCACUCUACAGCUCUGCCCAUUCUACUUGUAUAAGUUAUUAAUAAUUGGGAGGCAAGUACUUUGUUAGAAACAUUGCCUUCUCUUAGAAUGUCAUUAAACACA